UUAUUUAACCGUGUUGAAAGCAUCCGAGCCAGCUGUUUAUUGAAAAUAUUUCAUAUUUUGGCAAUUAAAAGAAUAUAGUGGUUCGUUCUUCCGAAACAGAAUGAACGAUGCAAAAGUUAGUGUAGGUUUCUCGUGCCAGCGCUGUCUACAACCAAUCCACAUCGAUGAUUCCUUCACGGCACUGGGGGAACACACAUUGGCCGAACUGGCACUGCCCAUCAAUUCACACAUAGAAGUUGACAUAGAAUCCCAGGCGGGUAGUAUGGAUCACUUUGUUCCACCGUUCCGGUUUGCGGAGUGUAGUGGAACCGAUACGAAUGGAUUCAUGUUGCUGUCGGAUGGCCCGGACAGGGAUUUACUAAGUCAAAAUCUGCGCGUUAAGGCCGAGUUGUUUGAUACGCUUUCCAACAAUUCGGAAAUUGAUCAUCCGUUGUGCGAUGAGUGCACAGAUACUUUGCUGGAGUUGAUGGACAAGCAGCUGAAGAUGGCAGAGGACGAGUGGAAUGAUUAUAACAAUUAUCUGAAAAAGUUAGAACUGACGGAUGAUGUGCCGAAUGUGGAUUUGCUGGAGAAAGACCUGAAUGAUCUUAAGGGAGAGGAAGAGCGUUUGUUGCAGGAACUUUCAGAGCUCAGCAGAGAAGAGGAUGCUAUAAAGCUGGCAGUGAAGGAACAGGAAGCGGAGAAGUUGAGGCUUAGCAACGAAGAAGAGAAGUACUGGCGAGAAUACACCAAGCACCGGAGGGAUGUGAUAACGACGGAGGAUGAAUUUCGCUCGCUUGAGUGUCAGAUGACGUAUGCACAGGUCCAGCUAGAUAAACUAAAGAAAACCAACGUGUUUAAUGUAACGUUUCACAUUUGGCAUUCGGGACACUUCGGAACGAUAAACAAUUUUCGUCUGGGAAGGCUUCCUUCGGCACCAGUGGAUUGGUCGGAAAUCAACGCGGCGUGGGGUCAAACCUGUCUGCUGUUGUCUGCAUUGGCCCGCAAAAUGAAUCUGUCUUUUAAGAACUACCGUCUGGUUCCGUAUGGCAACCAUUCGCACAUCGAAGUGCUAAGCGACGGGAAGGAACUUCCGCUGUACGGUAGUGGAGGGUUCCGGUUUUUCUGGGAUACGAAGUUUGACGCAGCUAUGGUGGCUUUUCUCGACUGCCUGCAGCAGUUCAAGGAGGAAGUCGUCAAGAAGGACCCGGACUUCUGUUUGCCGUAUCGGAUGGAGAAGGGCAAAAUUGAGGACUCUGCAACGGGCAACAGUUAUUCGAUCAAAAUUCAGUUCAACUCGGAAGAGCAAUGGACCAAAGCGCUUAAAUUCUUGUUGACGAAUUUGAAAUGGGGCCUCACGUGGGUUUCCUCGCAGUUUACGGAGGAAAAACAAUCAGCUUGAGCAUUGAUAGGAAAGUGUGUGUUUAGAUAUAUUUAUUAUUGCAUCUUGUUAGCUUUAUUAUGCAAAUUAUAGGAUUAAGUAAUAAAUAUGAAUGCUGUUGUAAAAAAUA